CGUUUUUAGCCGGGCUAAAAAUGAUAUACCGGUCGAUAAUUUACACCAUCAUUUUGGCGCCACCCAUGGGACCGUUGAGGUUCCCUCUCUUCUAAACACAAACCUACCCACAAAAACACCACUCAAAAUGUCUUCAAGCCAGCAAAUCAACGCUACCUCUGCUCAGGUGCAAGCCACCACUGAGGGUACCAGCAUACCCAUGGCUGCUACCCUGUCGGCCGUUUCUGCUCCCGUUUUACUUUUUGGGCCAUCCAGGGCUUUGGCCAAGUCAUGGCCAUGUGUCAACAAAAUGGGGGGAUGCCUUUUCUCCCUGGUAUGUUCCCGUUUGCCCUUCCGGGCGCGGGACGAUGCCCUUCAAACUCCGAUCGCAGUGACACCGUUUCAGACGCCGGUGCCGCAGCCCUCACCUUUCCAGCCGCAGCUGGUCAGCACCAUGGCACCUGUCAACUUGACUGGUGCGCUUAAUGCUGUAGGGCCGUCCCGUCCCCCGCAAGGUAUGAAUCCACAAAUCACUCCCGAUGGUCACUGCGUCUCAGUGGAAAACAGAGACGACGAGUGGGACAUUCCAAGGGCCCACAAGAAAAAGAAGGGAAAAACUAUCCGCACAGCAACUUCCCGAAACUCCACCUUCGAAAGGCUGGGGGAAAAGGAAGAAGGCCAGAGAAAGUCGGCCAAGCUGAGGUUGGGGCAAAGUGUUGCCCAUGUCAGCGCGUUUGCCCGGUUGGGCGAGGGGAGGGAGGCCGAGCCUGCCCGUACCCAGAGCUCCCUGUCUAACCGGCAGGAGCCUGCAAGGACGAGGGCCUCCCGUCAAGAAGAGGAAGCAGAGAGUCAACCUAGGGUACCGGUGGCUAACCGGUUGACUGUCCCGAAUGACCGCGUCCAGCAGAUGGAGGCAAAACUGGAGAGGCUGGAGAAGAAGGUUGGAGAGAAGAAUGACCGGGAAAAACCCCUCGCGGGGUCCCCGUUCACUACAAGGGUCCAUCUAACACCUUUCCCGCGAAAGGUCAAGAUAGACGCCCCAAGAUUCACCGGUAAGGAAGAUUCAGAAAUACAUCUGGAUUCUUUCAAUCAAAGUGCAACCAUGAAUGGUUGUAUAGACGAAGAAAAGUGCCUCCUUUUCUUCCAGACUUUGCGAAAUCGAGAUACUGAAUGGUUCAACAAGCUUUGCCCAGGAAGCAUCGACUCAUUCAGUGACUUGGCCUCGAAAUUCAAGGCCAAGUUCCAUGAGAACUGUACUAAGAGGAAGAAAUUCACCUAUCUUAGUACAGCCGGGCAGAGGGAAUCUGAGAACCUCACUCAAUUCCUUACCCGGUGGAAGGAGGAGGUAGACAAGGUUGAGGAGAUGGACGACAAGACAGUGUUGUCCCUCCUCCUGAAUGGCCACGGAGUAAUCCGGCAGAUGAUAGACAGUGGAGAACUGGGCAAAGAUUAUUUGCAGAAAGCCCAGGAGAAGAACCACCAAUGGGUAAGGCCAGCAACCCAGGGAAAUGACCGGGACAAUGACCGGCGGAGGAAUAACUGGCAGAGGGAGCAGCAGCUGGACCCUGAUAAGGAACAUAUUGGGAUGAUCUUCGGCGGACCUGAAGGCGGAGAUUCAGCCGCGCAGUGGAAAAAUUGGGUUCGCAGCAUUUACGUCGGUGAAGUAAGUGCUGAACCGGUGAAGAUCACAAUGAUCCAUUGGUCAUCACCAUGGACAUCAAUGGGGUGGACAUCGCCCGGCAGUGUCAACAUCCUUUACCUGGAGACCUUCCAGAAACUCAGGUUGUGUCGGACACAACUUGAACCCCUCAAAACCCCUCUCUCAGGAUUCACGGGAGACACGGUGGAAGCUGAAGGGUCCAUAGUUCUACCGGUCGAACUAGGAUCAGGCGAGAAGACCGUAUGGAAGAAGAUGUGGUUCAUCGUUGUGGACAUCAAAUGCAUCCACAAUGCAAUCCUUGGAAGGCCUGGCAUCAACAAGGUCGGGGCGGUGAUUUCCAUGCCGCACCUGUGCAUGAAGUUCCAUACUCCAGGCGGUGUAGGUGGAGUGAAGGGCGACCAGAGGAACGCGAGGGAGUGCUAUGCCCGGGCAGUCAAGAAGAUGACCAAGGGGGUCAACGCCAUCUCCCAGAAAUCACCAAGGGAGAGACCCGAGAGAAAUUGGAGCCUGAAGCAAAAACGGUGGAGAUCGAACUUCACCCGGGUGAUUCAUCAAGGAUGGUCAGAAUUGGAGCGAACCUCCCAGAAGAUCUCAAGGAAGAAUGCGGGCAUAUUUGCAUGGAGCGUGGCAGAUAUGCCCGGAAUUGACCGCUCAAUCAUCUGCCACCGGCUGGCAGUGAGAGAUGGAAGUCGACCGGUACGCCAGAAGAAGAGGUACCAGGCCAGUGAUCGGCGAGACUUCGUCAAGAAGGAGGUGAAGGACCUCCUUAGUGUUGGCUACGCGCUUUUUAUCUCCUCAAAGAAGUUAACAUCCUACUUCCAAGCUCACCCGGUGGAAGUCUCGACUGACCAACCACUAGGCGCAGUAUUGCGGAACUCAAUGUCCUCCGGGAGGAUGGUGAAAUGGGCAAUGAUGUUGACUCAAUUCAACAUUGAGUACCGGCCAAGAUCAGCAAUCAAGGGACAGGCCCUUGCAGAUUUCCUGGUAGAAAUGACCGGUAUAACUCCUGACCUACCGGUCAACAAGCCCACUGGGCAAUGGUGGGAGAUGGCAGUUGAUGGGGCGUCCGGUCCUAGAGGAUACGGGGGUGGUAUCGUGUUUACCACCCCAGAAGGGUUCAAGAUCUACCAUGCAAUAGUCUUCAACUUCAAGCUGACGAACAAUGAAUCAGAGUAUGAGGCUCUAGCUGGAGGGCUCAGACUUGCCCAAGCCUUUAAAAUCAUCCGGGUUAGUAUCAAAUCUGACUCGAGUUUGAUUGUGGGGCAAGUGACCGGCAAUAUGGAGGCUAGGGAAGGACGAAUGGCUCAAUACAAGGAUGUAGUGCUUGCCUUGUUGAAGGGGUUCGAGGAAUUCAAAAUCGCCCAAAUUCCCCGGGCAGAGAACGCGGAUGCAGACCUUCUCUCCAAGUUAACGCAGUAUGCUCCUGAGCAUGUUUCAAAACUUGCCUGGGUAGAAAUCCUGGACCGUGCCAGCAUCGAGAAAUUGGAAGUUGCCGCCAUAACAACAACAGCCCAAUCUGACCGGUCAAACUUGGUCAGGGCGGAUGACCACUGGAUGUACGAUCUGAUGGAAUACUUGAUGGACGGGACCUUGCCGGAGCAAGAAUACCGGGCAAGAAAAGUGAAGCUCAGGGCAUCCCGGUUCCAAGUCCUUGAUGGAAAGCUGUACAAGAGGGCGUUCGGGGGACCCCUCCUGAGGUGCCUAACCAACUGGGAGGCUGAGCGAGUCAUAACGGAAUUCCAUGAAGGUGUAUGCGCGGCACACCAAAUGUCGCGAACCCUCUCACAACGAAUCUGCUGGGGUAUUACUGGCCGACGAUUGUCCAGGACUGUGAGAGGUAUGUUCAGAAAUGUAGAACAUGCCAAGUGUUUUACAAGUAUCCCAGCAGACCGUCGACCUACUAUCACCAAGUAUCCCGGUGGCACACCAAAUGUCGCGAACCCUCUCACAGCGAAUCAUCUUGCUGGGGUAUUACUGGCCGACGAUUGUCCAGGACUGGUUUGCACCAAUUUGCUGCUGGCGCUGCUGCUGUACUUGGCCGAAAGCACUGCUAGGACUGCCAGGAAGAAGAUGCUGGUUUUGGGUUUUCUACCUAUCCACUUGCUGUGUCUGAACUCAAACCGAGGGCAGCAAUGAAUGAAGGCUUUCAGGACAAUGUGACAACUUCUAGCACUCGGGCCUUGGCCCUUUGCCAUGCCAGCGGAUAACCUUAACAUCUA